UUUCUAUGGACGCUACGUCACCUAAACCGGAAGUUUCUGUCACAUUGCGGAUAAAUGUAAACAUUGCAUUUUGUUUUCUGCAGUUUGUCAAUAAAUAUGUCGCAUUUAGACAAUAACCCGUCGUUCCAGGCAAUGGUCAGGGCAAGUGGUCUAGGUGAAGUCUGGACUCACUCUACUGACGCCGCUAAAUUUAGUCAAUUUGGAUGGAGAUGUACAAAUAAGGAAACUUCGUACGGCAAUGACACUUUGAUUGGUAACUGGAAUGAGGAACGAUUUGACAAUAAAAUUGUCAAGCAAGCGAAACCACUGCCUUCUCAGAAUAAUCAUUACUUUGAAAGCACAUAUGAUCAGAGCUACAAUUUCAAGCCAUACGAGGUUCCAAAGGAACUUAAACAUUUAAAAGCACCACACCCAAAUGCAUUUCCGGGACACCAACCUGAGACAGAUAGUCCUUCAUCCAAAUGUAUUUACAACAGCUGGGAAACCACAACACGUGCCGGAUACGUUGAUCCAAGAAUUAGACAAAACCCACUUCAACCUAAGACCUCUAAAACGUCAGCAUAAUUUUGAUUUAGUAUUAAUUUACUGCAAUUUCAUAACUUCUUGA